AGGCCCAUUUUACCAUAGGCCAGAGUUUCCAAAGUUAGUUACUUACUCCUUACACUAACCGACUUUUCUAUUUUCAACUCUCUGUUUCUUCUUUUCUUCCCCAUUCCCAACGAUCUUCAUUUCAAAUUUCAGAUCUCUUUCGCCAAAAUCAAUGAUUUGGCGUUGAAUGCAUUAUUAGGGUUAUCUGAUAAUAUUCGAAGUUUCUUGCAUGAAAGCUGGAAUUUUUGCAACUAUGAGAAUAAUGGGAAAGUCUUUGAUUUGUUGGAUUUGUGUUUUUGUUAUUGGGUUUGUUCAAAUUAGCAAUGCUUUUUAUUUACCGGGGAGUUACAUGCAUACGUAUUCGAAUGGAGAUCGAAUAUUUGCGAAAGUUAAUUCAUUGACUUCUAUUGAAACUGAGCUUCCAUUUAGUUACUAUAGUCUUCCUUAUUGCCAACCUCUUGGCGGUAUUAAGAAGAGUGCCGAGAAUCUUGGAGAGCUUCUUAUGGGUGAUCAGAUUGAUAACUCGCCUUACCUUUUUCGGAUGAAUGUUAAUCAGUCGAUUUAUCUAUGUACGACAGCUCCGUUGAAUGAGCAUGAGGUGAAGCUAUUGAAACAGAGAACCCGAGAUCUUUAUCAAGUUAAUAUGAUCCUUGAUAAUUUGCCUGUUAUGAGGUUUGCUAGUCAAAAUGGGAUUAAAAUCCAGUGGACGGGGUUUCCUAUUGGGUACACGCCGACGGAUGGUAGUGUUGAUUACAUUAUUAACCAUCUCAAGUUUAGGGUUUUGGUUCAUGAAUAUGAAGGAAAUGAUGUUGAGAUUAUUGGUACUGGGGAGGAAGGUAUGGGUGUUAUUGAAAGGGAUAGUAAGAAAGAAUCUGGAUUUGAAAUUGUUGGUUUUCAUGUUGUUCCUUGUAGUGUCAAACGUGAUCCUGAAGUUAUGACAAAGCUCCACAUGUAUGACAAUGUCUCUUCGAUAAACUGCCCGGCUGAGCUUGACAAGUAUCAACCUAUAAAAGAGCAAGAGAGGAUAUCGUUUACGUAUGAAGUUGAGUUUGUGAAAAGUGAUAUAAGAUGGCCGUCUCGUUGGGAUGCUUAUUUGAAGAUGGAGGGUUCCCGUGUACAUUGGUUCUCUAUCCUAAACUCACUUAUGGUGAUUUUUUUCCUAGCCGGUAUUGUUUUUGUUAUUUUCUUAAGAACAGUGAGAAGGGAUUUAGCAAGGUAUGAGGAAUUGGACAAAGAGACACAGGCUCAGAUGAAUGAAGAGCUUUCUGGAUGGAAGCUUGUUGUGGGUGAUGUAUUUAGGGAGCCUUGUUGCUCAAGGCUCCUCUGUGUGAUGGUUGGAGAUGGGGUUCAGAUUCUUGGAAUGGCUGCUGUUACUAUUGUUUUUGCAGCCUUGGGUUUCAUGUCACCAGCUUCUCGGGGAAUGCUGCUAACAGGGAUGAUAAUUUUGUAUCUUUUCCUGGGGAUUGCUUCCGGGUAUGUAAGUGUACGUCUCUGGAGAACCAUGAAGGGAACUUCAGAAGGGUGGAGAUCGAUUUCAUGGUUUGCUGCAUGCUUUUUUCCUGGAAUUGCUUUUACGAUUCUAACAGCACUGAAUUUUGUUCUCUGGGGCAGCAAAAGUACUGGUGCCAUUCCCAUUUACUUGUAUUUUGAGCUGUUCUUCCUCUGGUUCUGCAUUUCAGUGCCACUCACUCUCAUUGGAGGAUUUAUGGGGACGAAAGCUGAGCAAAUUGAAUAUCCCGUGCGAACUAACCAGAUUCCAAGAGAAAUUCCUGCACGGAAAUAUCCAUCAUGGCUUCUUGUUCUUGGUGCCGGAACACUUCCAUUUGGAACCCUUUUCAUUGAGCUUUUCUUUAUCCUUUCUAGCAUCUGGCUUGGGAGGUUUUAUUAUGUAUUUGGCUUCCUGUUGGUUGUUCUUCUAUUGUUGACUAUUGUUUGUGCUGAAGUGUCUGUGGUCCUCACAUAUAUGCAUCUCUGUGUUGAAGAUUGGCGGUGGUGGUGGAAGGCAUUCUAUGCAUCAGGCUCUGUUUCUCUUUAUGUCUUUCUGUACUCCAUUAACUACUUGGUUUUUGACCUGCAGAGUUUGAGUGGACCUAUCUCUGCUGUACUUUAUAUUGGCUAUUCUCUGCUCAUGGCAAUUGCAAUCAUGCUGGCAACUGGAACCAUUGGUUUCCUUGUCUCAUUCUACUUUGUGCAUUACUUGUUCUCAUCGGUAAAGAUAGAUUAAGGCUGAUCUUUUUUCCAUCUCUUAUCAACUGAACAAAAGGCAUGCUGGAAGGGGGAAUUUUUCUCAAUUGAUAUAACUUCUGCAUAUUGACUAGGGAAAUCAGAUGCUUUGCUUAUUGCCUUAAAAAGAUGUCAUAUAUUUUAUAUUGCAAUGUAAUCUGCACUUUGUUCCCCUUGUAUUUGUCUUCUAUGAGUAUUUUACUCAUUCCACUAGUGUUUUCAAACCAUUUUGUUUAAUGUGCUUUAGUUUAGUAAAGUUGUAAUUGUGAGACUGUCUCAUCUCUUCUUCAUUUCAAUUUUGAUAACAAAUAUUAAACAGUUACUUGUA